AUGCCUUUACACUGGACAGAAGACAGGUAUACGGGAGUAUUGACUAGCUGGGAUUUUAUUCGUUGGCAAACUGAUCUGAUAUGGAUUUCCAUGAUGUUCAUAUUCCGAGUGGUUAACUGUAGCCAAAUGGAAGUCAAUAGACAUAUGGAAAUGGGAAGACAGUUUCUGUCCAGAGGUCAAUUUGCCGAUGCUUUAACUCAUUAUCAUGCCGCUAUCGAUUUAGAUCCGAAAAAUUAUCAGACUUUAUAUAGUCGUGCGACAGUGUACCUUGCUAUUGGUAAAUCCAAAGCGGCGCUACCUGACCUGGAUUCAGUGAUUAGGUUGAAGCCAGAUUUUAUUGCUGCUCGUAUCGAAAGAGGCAAUGUGCUGUUGAAACAAGGCGAUAUACAUCAAGCAAAGGCCGAUUUUGAGGCUGCUGCAAAGGCAGAUCCGUCAAAUGUAGAUGUAUCCAAGAAAUUGAUAUCAGCUGAGAAAGUGAGGCAAAUCAUUGAGGAAGCUGAUGAUCGUUUUGAUGUCGAUGAUUUCGUUUCUGCAGAAUCGCUUUACAGUAGUGCUAUAGAAGUUUGCCAAUGGCAUGCGAAUUUGUACAAAAAUCGUGCAAAAUGCCGAGAAAAACUUGGAAAUGUGCAGAAAGCAAUUGCAGAUUAUAGAACUGUCACGAGGUUAUUGCCGGAUAAUACGGAGAUAUUCUACAAAGUUUCACAGCUUUAUUAUUUAACGGGUGAUGUAGAAGAAUCGUUGAAUCAAAUACGAGAAUGUCUGAAGUUGAAUCCGGAUGAUAAACUAUGUUUUCCUUUUUAUAAAAAAACGAAGAAAUUGGCGAAAAUGCGUGAAUCACUCAAUCAACUAGUGAGAGAAGAGAGGUGGAUGGAUUGUUUGGACAAAGCAACGGAAAUUUUGAAAGUUGAAAAAAAAGUGGAGAAUAUACAACUAGAUGUUUACAGACAAACAUGCAAAUGCAAUCUAAAUGCUGGACACUUUGCUGAAUCAAUAGCUGCUUGUUCAGAAGUGCUUAAAUACGGUGAUCCGAAUGAUCUCGAUGUACUUUGCGAUAGGGCCGAGGCGUUUUUAAUGCAUGAGAAGUAUGAUGAAGCGAUUGAGGAUUACCAAAAAGCAGUGAGUGGGCAUGAGGAAUCUCGACGAGCCAGGGAAGGCCUUCAUAGAGCGCAGAAACUGAAAAAACAAAUUGCAAGAAGAGACUACUACAAAAUCCUUGGAAUCAGAAGAAAUGCAAACAAAAGGGAUAUUCUCAAAGCGUACCGGAAGAAAGCACAAGAAUGGCAUCCAGAUAAUUUCAGUGACGAAAACCAAAAGAAAAUAGCGGAGAAGAAUUUUGUUGACAUUGCAGCAGCAAAAGAGGUCCUUACUGAUCCAGAAAAAAGGGCGCAGUUUGACCAUGGAGAGGAUCCGUUGGAUCCGGAACAGCAGCAAGGAGGUUCCCAUCAUCCCUUCCAGGGUGGAUUCCCAUUUGGCGAAAAUGGUGGGCCAUUUUCAUUCCAAUUUCACUUUGGUUAG